AGGACGCACCCUAUAUAACUACGAGACCCUCCAGAGCAUUACAACAGUGUUUACUAGGUACAGCUUCAAGGAGCUUCACUGAUAGAAAGAUGUGGAGGGCUUGCUUCAGAAUAGUGGUAGUUGUGGCUCUGUGCCUCUGUUCGCUAGCCCAGUCUCAGUCCGACAUCUUCCCGUUCCCUGAUAAAAGGCCAGAAACCAAGAGAUACUGCGGCAGCAACCUUGUUGACAUAUUGCAGUUGGUCUGCAAUGGAAAAUACUACUCCAACAUAAACAACAGCAACAACUACAGCCCACACGUUGGUCGGAAGAAAUCAAUGCCAGAAGCUGACGAGGAUUUCUGGCAACAACUUCAACCUGUGGAAGAACAAAUGAAGUUUCCAUUCCGUUCACGUUCCAGCGUAUCUACUUUCGCCCACAGAAUAUUCAAAAGACACACAGUAGGUGUCGCCUACGAGUGCUGCAUCAAUAAGGGCUGCACCGUGUACGAACUCAGGAGCUACUGCGCUCCUUAGUUCGCAACAAGAAGAAGGCAUAUCUGAUUGCCAGCAGUCUGUGAUUCAACUUCUACGUCACUGAUUCUAAUUUACGUGUCUGCUUAAAAAUAUACAACUGUGGCAUCGGCCUUUGUCAUGUAUAUUUAAGAAUAAAAUUUUAUUACACCAA